AUGUCCCAUACCCUGGGUCUUGAUCAAAUUUGGAGCUGGAAUGCUGAAGUCCCAGAGACUGUGCCGGGCUGCGUGCAUGAUCUGAUUGCAACUAUUGCCGUCCAGCAUCCGGAUGCCUUGGCUGUGUGCGCCUGGGAUGGCGAUUUAACGUAUGCUCAACUGAAUGCGCUGUCGCGCCGCGUGGCCCAACGUCUGGCUGCCUUACAGAUUCCCCGCCAGUCUAGCAUUCCCUUGCUAUUUUCCAAGUCGCGAUGGACCUGCGUGGCCAUGUUGGGAAUCAUCCAGGCAGGUUGUGCGGCCGUUGCGCUGGAUGCUACGCAGCCAGAUACAAGGUUGCGCUCGAUUGUGCAGCAAACACAACCGAAAGUAAUCAUCUCGUCGCCAGUGCAUACCACCAGAGCAUCUGGACUGGCGGAUGCUGUCAUCCUGCAGCUGGAUGCUGCCCUUUUCGACAACGAGACUGAGGAGCUGACGAAUGCACUUCCGGUCCUUUCCCCAUCUGAUAUAGUUUAUAUAUCUUUUACAUCUGGAACAACCGGUCAACCCAAGGGUGCAUGCAUCAGCCAUGCGAACGUGCGCAGUGCCGUCCAUCACCAAGGCAAGAAGUUGGGUUUUGAUUCAAGAUCGCGGGUUUUUGACUUUGCCCCCUACUCAUUCGACGUCGCAUGGAGCAACUUCCUGCACACCCUCUGCGCGGGAGGAUGCAUUUGCAUUGCCAACGAGAUGGAUAUGUUGAACGAUCUGUCCGCUGCCAUUACUGCAUUCGGGGCCACAUUGAUUAAUGUGACGCCUACUGUUUUACGGACUAUAAACCCCAUUCCACCUACCCUCGAAACGGUUCUGUUGAGUGGAGAGAUGCCGUACCGAGACAACAUCACCCGCUGGGCUGACAAGGUAAAAUUGCUAAAUACAUAUGGCCCAACGGAAUGUACAUUUAAAUGUGCUUUUUCCCUCCUUAGUUCACAUCUCGAAGGUCGUCCGGAUAUUGGCAGGGGAGUUGGUCACUGCACAUGGAUUAUCGAUGUCAAUGACAGCAACAAAUUAGCCGCCCCAGGUGCGACAGGCGAGCUGUUCCUAGAAGGUCCUCUAGUCGGUCAGGGGUAUCUAUCGGACCCCGAAAAGAGUGCUGAUGCAUUUAUUAAUGACCCUCCAUGGCUCCUGGCAGGCAAUAACAAUGUUCCUGGUCGACGAGGCAGACUCUACAGAACAGGGGAUUUGGUCAAAUACAAACCCGACGGGAGGCUCAUGUUCAUGGGCCGCAAAGAUGCCGCGCAACUUAAAAUUCGAGGUCAAAGAGUGGAAAUUGGUGAUGUUGAGCAUCACGUCCGUGCCUGUCUAGACGAAGAUCUCACCGUGAUUGCAGACGUGGUUAUGCCGCGUGGGUCCGACACGUUGUCAUUAGCUCUGUUUGUUCAGGCUCAAUCAGAUGAUAGAGAACGGGUCAAGCGCCAGAUGGACAGCCUUGAAGGAAAAUUGCGUGAGAUGUUACCUUCCUUUAUGAUACCUACCGUGUAUCUCCCGGUCGAUGUCAUUCCAAUGGCCUCAACUGGUAAGGCUGACAGACGACGACUGCGGGAAAUGGGCAAUGCUUUGGACUGGAAGCAAAUUGUCGAGCUUCAAUCAUCCAUCGUAUCCCCCAUCGAGUAUCGCGAGCCGACAACUGAUGCGGAAAUACAGCUGCGUCGCAUCUGGGCCCAGGUUUUAGAGCUGGAGGUUGAUCGAAUCAGCACAGGUGAUAGCUUUCUACGACUGGGCGGAGACUCGAUUACCGCCAUGUAUCUGGUCGCACAAGCGCGGCAGGAAGGGCUAUCUUUAACAGUUGCAGACGUGUUCACCUUUCCAAUUCUAACCGAAUUAGCAACCAAAGUCAAAAGUCUUGUGCAGAGCGAGGUUGUGGUCCCGUUCUCCCUUCUGACGGGGAAGAGCAGCAAGAAGAGCUUGUGUGAAACGGCUGCCACACUGUGUGGGGUCGAGGUUGGCGAGAUUGAGGAUAUUUAUCCAUGUACUGCACUACAGCAAGGGAUGUUGGCGGUCAGUGCGAGAAAUGUUAGCGCCGACUAUACAUCACGCACUGUCUUUGACCUGCCAGAAGACAUUAACAUGAGGCAGCUGGAGAGAGCCUGGGCAAACACAGGUGCAGCAACACCCAUUCUGCGCACUCGGAUUGUCGAGCUACCAGGAGAAGGUCUGGUUCAGGUUGUUGUGAAGUCCCCAGUGACAUUGCUUCGAUAUGAGUAUAUCCGCGACUUUAUGACCACCAGCUCUCAAGCUUCAUAUUUAGGGAGACCACUGUGUCGGGCCGGGAUAAUUGAAAAUGAAAACCCCCGUUUCUCAUUGGAGAUUCAUCACUCGAUCUACGAUGGAUGGACCACAAUGCUCAUUCUGGAUACUCUUGAAAUGGCGUAUCGGGCGAAUCAAGCUUUCUCGGCGCCCCUUUCGUUCCAGCCAUUUGUCAAGCAUGUAAUGGCCAUGGACACCGCAGAGGCCACAGAGUUUUGGCGUGAUCAGCUCAUUGGGUCAGAUGCAAUUGUCUUUCCAUCUUCCAAAUACUCUCCAAAGAAAAAGCUCGACUUCAACCAUGUUAUUAGUGGGCUGCAGUGGCCCCGUACAGGCACUACUCCAUCUUCGGUGGUUCGAUCUGCACUCGCGAUACUGCUAGCAUCGUUCACAAAUACAGAUGAUGUAAAGUAUGGAGCUACCGUCAGUGGUCGGCAGGCCCCUGUGCCGGAUAUUGAACGCAUCGCGGGACCAACUAUUGCCACAGUUCCUGUGCGGGUGAAGUUAAACUGGGAUCAGACCGUCGAGGAUCUGCUGCAGCAAGUUCAAAGGCAGAUGGUAGAAACGACAGAAUAUGAGCAGUUUGGCUUACAGCACAUUCAGCGGAUCGAUGAGGACAUUGAGGCAGCCGCCCAGUUUGAGCUGCUACUGGUCGUCCAGCCAGCUCACCAUGGGAAGAGUCAAAAACCUGGAGGUCUUUUCUCCCGAGCACAUACUGUGUCCAUACCAAAUAUCUUAGAAGCGCACAGGCAAGGUGACCCCGUACUAGUAGCUAAGGAUGGUCAAAGUGACAGUAUAGGGAACUAUAAUCCUUACGCAGUGAUGAUUAUAUGCCAACUGGAAGAAUCCGGUGCAGAGCUCAAGAUCAAUUUCGACUCCGGGGCUAUUGACGAAGACGAGGUGCAGCGGUUGGCCCGGCAGUUUGAGCAUGUAUUGCGACAAAUGUGCUCAGAAAGGUUCGGUCAAUCUAAGCUAAGAGAGCUCAGCCCCUUGACUAGCGAGGAUCUUGUUGACAUCUGGGCAUGGAACCGAUAUCUUCCGCCUGGCGCUACUGAGUGUAUAACGUCUCUGAUUGCGCAGCGGGCUGCUACCCAACCGGGAGAGGUGGCCAUAUACGCAUGGGAUAACAAGCUCACAUACCGACAGCUGCAGGAAAAGUCGAUUGCUCUUGCAUGCCGAAUGCGAGAGUAUGGGGUUACCCCCGGAUCUAUCGUUGUGCUGAGCUUCGAAAAGUCUUCCUGGUUGGUUAUCACCAUGAUCGCUGUUCUUCAACUUGGAUGCAUCGCAUUGCCUGUUUCUGCGCCGACUCCAGGCCAACGAGCCAGCCAGAUUGUCAAUGCUUUGCAGCCAACACUUGUCAUAACAUCGACCGCAUCGCACUUAUGUUCCUUUACUGGCAUGGCGCCUAUUGCUACUAAUGAUGAGCUGAUGAAAAUUCACGUUGAAGACAGUCCAGGUCUGCCGUUACCGCAGCCCCGUGCCUCUGAUCCUGCACUUCUACUCUUUACAUCUGGCUCCACUGGAACGCCAAAGCCUAUUCAAUGGAGCCAUGGGACGCUAUCAAGCAACAUUGCGGCGGUGCAAAAAUGCUUUGGGAUUGAAUCUACCAGCAAGGUUUUCCAGUUUGCAGGAUAUGAUUUUGAUGUCAGCACAGUAGAAACACUUUCGGCUCUCGUUGCAGGUGGUUGUGUUUGCAUCGCAUCUGAAUCUGAACGGACGAAUCGACUGGCCGAAAGCAUCGUUCACUACAAUGCAAACUGGAUUUGUUUGACACCAUCUGUUGCAGAAUCCAUUGCGCCUAAGGACGUACCGUCAUUAAAGACGAUUACCUUUGCGGGUGAGAGGCUGCAACAGAGAACGGCUUUUCACUGGUCUGAGUAUGUGAACGUCGUGUACAAUUGGUAUGGGCCAGCUGAGGCGUGCGUAGCCACUUCAUAUAAAUUUGAUCCCAACAAAUGGCAGUCAGGAAGCAUUGGAAAAAGUCAGGCAGCCUGUACCUGGCUCGUCGAUCCCAAAAAUCCUAACAUUCUUGCUCCGGUCGGGGCAAUCGCAGAGCUAUGCAUCGAGGGUCCGAUCGUCGCCAGUUAUACAGGGAGCUGUGGUCCUGCCCUGAAUGGAAAGCAAUUCAUUUCCCCUUCCUGGUUGCAACAGGGACAUUGGAAGGUAUCGGGGCGAUAUGGGCCACUGUAUCGAACGGGGGACCUCGUCAAAUAUACCUCAGCUGGCUCCCUUCUGUUCCUGGGUCGAACCCAGGAUUCCCAACGCAAGCUUCGAGGACAACGUGUUGACCUUGAGGACAUCCAGCGUUUCGUUCAGGAGUUUCUCAAUGGAAGCAAUAAGGUCAAAACUGUCGCAGAGAUCUUUACUCCAUCACUCAGCGACAAGGACUGCCUGGCUCUCUUCUUUAGCCCCCGGGAUAUAGCAAGCAAACCCACGUUGCCAGUCGACGAACUUGAAGCAUAUCUGGUGACAGUGCUGCCGCCUUAUAUGAUUCCGAAGCUGUACAUCCCCAUUGCCACAAUCCCCAUCGGCAAGACGGGAAAGACUGAUCGCCGACGUCUGCGUCAAAUCGGUAGCUCGUUCACUAUAGAACAACUGGCGGCAAUGCAGCCAUCCCGGAAGAAGGCAAGGGAGCCCUCCAGCGAAAAUGAGAAGAGGCUUCAACGACUGUGGGCAGAAGUUCUUGGUGUAGCCGUCGACUCAAUCUACGCUACAGACAAUUUUCUCCGUCUAGGAGGCGAUUCUAUCAUGGCAAUGCGCCUCGUUGCCCUGGCCCGCAACGAUGGAUCUGUGCUUACAGUUUCAGACAUAUUUGAGGCUCCCGUGCUGGAGAGUAUGUCAAAACGACUUGGAAAAGGAAGUAGUGGUACCGAAGAGGUUCCUCAAUUUUCUCUUUUAAACUCACGCGUUGGCAAAGAGGAUAGCCGCCGGUAUGCUGCUCACCGCUGCAGGAUACCGGAGGAACAGGUUCUCGACAUCUAUCCCUGUACCGCUCUCCAAGAAGGCCUUCUGGCAUUAGGCGCAAAGAACCAUGGCCAAUAUAUAUCGCGGAGUGUACUUGAAAUUCAAGCCACUGUUGACCCAGACCGACUACGACAAGCGUGGCUAUCCACCGUGCAGAAGUUACCCAUCCUUAGAACGUGUAUAAUUGACCUCCCGGGUCAAGGGCUGGUUCAGGUCUUAAUUAAAAAUGCCUCGUGGCGUUUUGGCACUGACAUAGAUACGUAUGUGCGAGACGAUGAACGGGAGCCAAUGGGGAUGGGGGUGCAACUUUGUCGUGCUGCCAUUGUGGAAGGAAGCUUUAUUCUCACUAUUCACCAUUGUACCUACGACGGUGCUACCCUGAAUAUGAUUCUGGAUGAACUUGAACAUCAAUAUCUUGGUCAAUGCGGCGCAGAGUUUACGCCAUUUCGCAACUUUAUCAAAUAUUUGCAAAAGACGGACACCAAAGACAGCGCAGAAUUCUGGAAAGCUCAACUUUCUAACGCUGAGCUUCAACACUUUCCGGUCCUUCCCUCCUCAGCCUACAUCCCACAGGCCAACGAGGAGAUGAACCACUCAAUUUCGGUCGACUGGCCGCGUGCCGGAAUGACGCCAUCAACCAUCCUCCGUUCAGCGUGGGCUAUCCUCGAAGCGCAGUAUGUGGCCUCGAACGAUGUGGUCUUUGGGGUCACAACAAGUGGGCGACAAGCAAAUAUGGCUGGUAUCGAAGGCUGUAGUGGCCCAACAAUUGCGACAGUACCCAUUGCGAUCUCUAUUAAUUGGGACCAGACAAUACAGACAUUCUUGGGCCGAAUGCAACAACAAAGCAUCAACUUGAUACCUCACGAGCAGUACGGACUGCAAAAUAUUCAGCGAAUUGUAGAAAACUUUGACUCUCCGUUAUUCCAAACGUUGCUAGUAAUUCAACCAGUAGCCGAAGGAAAGAGCCUACAGGACGACAGUCUGUUAUUUAAAGCACGACGCUUCUCAUCGAAUCUUGACACUCGAGGAACUGAUCCAUUUAAUGUGUAUCCAUUGAUGUUAAUUUGCCAGCUUACUGGGUCGGGGCUGAAGCUGCACAUUAGUUUCGACAAUCAUAUUCUCGAUCACAGGCAGAUUCAACGCAUCGCUUGUCAAUUCGAAAAAGUCCUUCGACAGCUAUGCACCGCAGACCCAGAAACCACAAAGCUUGAAGAUGUUCAAACGGCAUCGGAUUUCGAUAUUGCUCGAUUUUGGGAGAAGAAUUCCAAGGAUCUGGGAGAGCCGCAGGCAUCAGUAUCCGAGAAGAUUUCUUUCAUUGCAAGCAAACAACCUGAUUCGAUCGCAAUCGAUGCCUGGGAUGGUCAGCUAUCCUACAAACAGUUUGACGAGCUGUCGACAGACUUGGCCCACAGGUUGCUUAGACUGGGUAUCUCCAAAGGGUUGACAAUCGCUCUAAGCAUGGAAAAGUCUAAGUGGGUCCCGAUCAUGCAGCUCGCCGUCCUGAGAUCUGGCGCUGUCUGUUUGCUGCAAUCUGUCGCCGUGCCAGAGCAUCGUGUGGGCGCCGUCUUCAAAAACCUCGAUGUAGUCAUUGCCGUGGCUUCAUCAUCGCGAGUUGACUUGAUAAAACAGCUUUCGAAAUGUUUCACUGUCGAGGAGGUGCUGGAGACACCUAUCUCAUAUAACCCACUCCCUUCUCCGAGAAUGUCUGACCCUGCCAUUGUCUUGGUAUCUUCUGGCAGUACUGGAGAACCCAAGCAGAUUCUUUGGAAUCAUCGAACGUUGAGCGCAAACAUUCAGGGUGCUGGUGAAGUAUUUGCGAUGAGCUCGCUGUCUCGUCUGUUCCAGUUUGCGUCGUACGAUUUCGACGUUGCGACGGUGGAAACACUGUCCACUCUGGCUUACGGGGGCUGUCUUUGUAUUCCUUCUGAAUCCGAACGGCUCAGCGACAUGGCCAGGGCGAUCAACCGUUUUGAAGCCAAUGUUCUCCACUGCACCCCGUCAACCGGAAGACUGCUUAGCCCUGAAGCGGUGCCUACUGUGUCGACGCUCGUCCAAGCUGGGGAGAAGUUGACCGAAGAAGACGUGAGAAGGUGGAGCGGCAAGUGCCGUGUUAUCAACUGGUAUGGACCGGCUGAAUGCAGUUUAGCUGCAGUUUCCCCUGCCACUCGGCCCUCAUGGUACACCGGGGUAAUUGCGAGCCCCUCCGAAGAGGUUGAAUCCCAAUACCUCCCUCGUUGCUGGCUAGUUGACCCGCACAAUCAUCAUCGUCUGGCGCCAUUUGGAGCUACUGGAGAGAUCGCUCUCGAGGGACCAGCAUGUGCAGUGGCCUAUAUUGGGAACCCAAGAUUGACCGAAAGGGUGUUUUGCGAGAACCCAAGGUUUCUCUCCCUUAGCCAGAGUGGGAAGGAAAGAAAACGAACGAGUCGGAUCUACCGAACCGGCGAUUUAGCUCGAUACGACAGCAACGGUAACCUGAUAUUCAUCGGGCGCAAAGAUGCACAGCUCAAGAUACGUGGCCAAUUAGUUGCCCCGGAAGAGGUUGAAUAUCAUAUUCGACAAUGUGUAGACGUAGCGGACAUACCAGUCGUCGUGGAUGCUAUAAUCGAGAGGGAUACUAGCCACCUCACAUUAGUGGCCUUUAUUGUGGCAGAAGACGUAGAUUCCAUCACAAAUGGCCUGAAUGAAAAACUUCAAAAGUCACUCCCUCGUUAUGCAAUUCCAUCUUACUACAUUCCCGUCCCGGGCAUUCCGACUGGGCCAACCGGUAAGGUAGAUCGCAAGAUGCUGGGGGAGAUUGGUUCUGCGUUCACAACGCAGGUGCAAUCCAAUGUUCAACAGAGAAAGCCAACAACUCCAGCAGAGAUCAAAUUGCAGAACUUGUGGGCGGUUGCUUUGGGGAUUGAUAUGAGCAAGAUUUCUGCGAACGAUAGCUUCCUCCGGCUUGGUACCUCGAUUGAAGCAAUGCGUUUUGUUGGGCUCGCCCGCGAUCAAGGAAUACGCUUGACAGUGGCCCAGGUAUUUGAGAGGCCCAUACUAGCCGAUAUGGCUACUAUUAUUCAGAGCACGACGAAUGACAAGGAUAGGCAGGUUGGGCCCUUCACUCUGUUAGGCAAAUCUGUGGAUAUUCAGCUGGCCCGACAACAAGCCGCUACACUGUGUGGUAUCUCUGAAGAGAGCAUCGAAGACAUAUUCCCAUGCACACCACUGCAAGAAGGCCUACUGUCAUUGACAACAAAGCGUGAUGGGGACUAUACAGGUCGAAACAUACUGGAACUUCGUUCUUCUGUCGAUCCUGGCCGCUUUAAAACCGCAUGGGAGCAGACAGUGGCGAGGAUUCCAAUUCUGCGAACACGAAUUAUUGAUCUUCCCGGUCAAGGGCUGGUUCAGGUAGUAAUGGAAGAAACCAACGUAUGGACUGAGGCGGAAGGAGUUCAGGACUAUAUCGAAAAGGAAAAGCAGCUGCCGAUUAGAUUAGGAUCACCUUUGAUGCGAUCCAGUCUAUUCAUGACAUCUCCAGGGCGAAAAAAUCGUUUCUCCUUCGCACUUACUAUGCACCACUCAAUAUACGAUGGUGUGAGCACAGGCCUAGUCCUGCAAACCCUGGAAUCGCUCUACCAUGAUUCAAACCCUUGUGAAUUAAGCACACUCCAGCCUUUUGUACAGUAUAUCAACCGUCAGGAUAAGCAGGCCGAAUCCGACUUUUGGGCCUCGCAGUUUGCCGGUCUCGAAGCAUCACAGUUUCCCGCGCUGCCACAUGCAGCCUACGAGCCUCAUCCGGAUUCGAAUUUGGAACAUUCCAUUCAUGACAUCCGUUGGAGAACAGAUGACAUUACUCCGUCAACGACAAUACGUCUAGUAUUCGCCUUGCUCUACUCUCGCUAUUCUGAUUCAUCCGACGUUUUGUUUGGGACUGUCGUCAACGGCCGUAGUGCACCGGUUCAAGGCAUUGAUAGAUUGGCCGCUCCCACCAUUGCCACUCUCCCAAUUCGCGUGAAGUUGAAUGGCCAUGAAACUAUCCGAUCAAUGCUGAUUGGCUUACAAAGUCAAGCAACAGAGAUGAUUCCAUAUGAGCAGAGCGGACUGUCGAGGAUUCAAAAGAUCAACGACGAAGCACGGCAGGCCUGUCAAUUUCAGUCCUUUCUCAUGAUUCAGCCACCUGAGACAAAAAUGGACGAGGGCGGUUUAUUCUCACCCCAACAGUCGUCCCCGGAAAAUGAGAGAGAUCGCUACCGUGGGUUCAGCUCAUAUGCCUUCUCAGUGGGCUGCACACUUUUAGAAAAUGGAAUUCAACUACAAUUCACAUUCGACCCGAAAGUGAUUGACCAUACGACAGCUGGCACAAUGGCGCACCACUUUGAGCAUCUCUUUCGGAAAGUGGCAUCCCAUGAGGUCGAUCAAGUUGCUGUCGGUGAUCUCGAAAUGAUCACAACACAAGACUUGAGCCAGAUCUGGCGAUGGAACUCGCAGGCAUACAACAGUACCAACCUGUGUAUCCAUGAUCUUAUUGCAGAGAGGGCAGAGUCCCAGCCGACAGCCACUGCCAUCUCAGCCUGGGAUGGGGAAUUGACAUAUAAAGCGCUCGACUACUUAUCGACUCAACUCGCCCAUGAACUAGUAGAUCUGGGUGUUGGUCGAGGUAUGAUUAUUCCAUUAUACUUUGAAAAAUGUCGAUUCUCCUUUCUUGCCUUUUUAAGCGUCAUUAAGGCUGGAGGUGCUGGGCUAUUUCUAGAUCCCGCUCUCCCGGAAUCACGACUUCAAACAAUCGUGCAACAAGUGAAGCCCAUCCUAAUGCUGGCGUCACCCGCGAAUGAAUUACUGGGCUCCUCUAUGGUGGAGCAUGUUAUCGUAGUGAGCCAUGGUUCAAUGCGCUCGGUAUCUGAGAGACACGAAAAGACCACACCACUACCAUCCGUGCAUCCAUCGGACCUGCUUUAUGCCGUGUUUACGAGUGGAAGCACUGGAACUCCCAAGGGUGUUCUCAUUCAGCAUCGCCACUUCUGCAGUGCCAUUUCCCAUCAGCAACCGGUGUUCAGGCUUGGCCCCUCGACCAGAAUGUACGACUUUUCUGCACCCUCGUUUGAUGUGACCUAUGGAGCCGUGCUGCCUACUCUCGUAGCCGGAGGCACAGUGUGCAUACCUAGUGAUGAGGAAAGAAAAAGCAAUUUGACAGAGAGUUUACGUCGUUUCGAAGCGACAGAUACCCUCUUAACCCCAUCCAUAGCUCGCUGGCUUGACCCCAGUUGUAUCCCAACGCUACGAAAUAUAUAUCUCGGCGGUGAAGCCCCGACGCAUGAUGAUCUUGCGCUGUGGACUCCCCAUGUCACCACUGUCAAUUGCUAUGGCCCAGCGGAAUGUUCCGUUGGCACACUCUACUGGAAGGUUCCCAGUCCCAUCCCAUCCAAGAUUCCAAUCGGCAAAGGAUACGGUGUAUCAACAUGGGUUGUCGACCCACAAUCGAGCGAGCGCCUGUCGCCCCUUGGAACUAUCGGGGAGCUAUACCUUGAAGGUCCCCUAGUUGGGGAGGGUUAUUUCAUGGAUAAGGAAAAUACUGCGUCUGUAUUCAUUGAAAGCCCGUCUUGGCUGCGCAGGGGCGAUCCCAGCGGUCGGGUUCCUGGCAGAGAUGGGCGGCUAUAUAGGACCGGGGACCUAGUCAAGUACGACCCGGUUGAUGGGACAUUAGUUUUCAUGGGAAGGAAAAAUACCCAGGUCAAGCUCCGGGGGCAACGGAUAGAGCUGGGGGAAAUCGAGCAUCAUCUCCGACAAGUCCUUGCUGAUAUGUCCAUCGAGGCCUCUGUUACUGCGGAAGUAGUGACCCCUGAAGUGACCGGACGGGCUGCUCUUGUAGCCUUUAUCGGGUCGGACCCGGCAAGGAUUUCCCAGAUGUCGGACAAUCUGGAGAAUAGAAUGGCAGCACGAGUGCCCACCUAUAUGGUUCCAGUCACAUUUGUCCCGAUCAAUCCAAUGCCCUUGGCUCCCAGCGGCAAGACAGAUCGCAGGCGUCUGCGAGAGAUUGGAUCACAAUUCACAUUGGAGCAGCUUGGUGGAGGACGGCGAUCACAUGGCAGGUCUCCAUCUACAGAACAAGAAUGUUUGCUACAGAAAUGGUGGACAUCAGUGAUCGGUGUUCCAGCUGAUCAAAUUUAUAUCGAUAGUAGUUUUCUUCGACUUGGUGGCGACUCCAUUUCUGCAAUGCGUUUAGCCUCCUUAGCUCGCAGUCAAGGUAUUUCUUUGACCGUACAAAAGAUUUUGAAUCAGCCCCGGCUAUGCGACAUGGUACAGGCAAUGGUUCCGUUGGAUCCAAAUCAAGAUGAUGCUGGUCAAGGCGGGGUCUCCCCAUUCUCCCUUUUGAAGCAUCCAGAGGACAAAGAAAUGACCCUCGAUUAUAUCUCUCAACAAUGCAAUAUCAGCAAGUCGGAGAUCCAGGAUGUCUUUCCCUGUACUGGAGUGCAAAAAUCCCUGUUAUCUAUGACGGCAAAAAGUGACACUUCGUACAUCGCCCGGUUUCCCCUUCGAUUGACAGAGAACGUCGACAUACCUCGCCUUAAGAGCGCAUGGGAAGAAGUCAGUCAAACUAAAGCUCCUAUCCUACGUUACCGCAUUGUGGAUACGCCUACAGAAGGCCUGGUGCAGGUUGAGGUAAGCGAGCCUCUGGAAUGGGGGACGGGUGAUAGGAUGUCCACAUACAUCCAGCAAGACCAACGAGCCAUGGGCCUCUCAACCCCUCUUACUCGCCUAGCCAUCGUCGGAAAAUCCGCGGGAAAUGAGCUGUACUGUCUCCUUACCCAGCAUCAUGCGAUCUACGACGGUUACUCGUUGAACCUUCUGACCCAGGAGGUAUCGAGAGUCUAUACAGGGCUGGUAAACCACACACCCUUUGCACCCUUCCAGUCCUUUAUUAAGCACAUCAUGGACAUCGACCAGGAGAAGGCCCGAGAGUAUUGGCAGAAUCAAUUUGCAGCCUCCGAAGCAGUUCCCUUUCCACCCCUACCAUAUGAUGACUACCAUCCCAAAGCCGACAGCACUGUCAGGCGUGAGUUUGUGGGCUUCCACUGGCCUAAACGGAAUGCAACGGCAUCAACCAUUAUACGGGCGGCAUGGUCGAUCCUGUCUGCUCGCUAUACAGAUACUGACGAUGUGGUUUUCGGCACCCUGGUCACUGGGCGGCAGGGCCCUCUGUACGGCCUUGAUCAAAUGAUUGCCCCUCUCAUCAACGCUGUCCCAGUGCGAGUGAAGCUUGACCGGGAGCAAGACGUGGAAACCUUUCUCAAUGCCAUUCAGCAACAGUCCAUUGAUAUGAUCGCCUACGAACAGACAGAAUUGCUAGAUAUCCGACGCAUUAAUACGGAUACAGAACGGGGCAGUCGAUUUAACACCCUCUUGGUGGUACAGCCUGCCCAGCAAAGUGGGGACAAUAAACUAAUCGACGGUCCCUUUGAUCAGAACAGGAUAGGUUCUGCUAAUGAUGAGUUGGAUGACUACAAUCCGAAUGCAGUAAUGAUCCUGUGUCAGCUAACCGAAGACAAUGGUCUAAGUAUGGAGAUCAGCUUUGAUUCAAAUGUCCUGGACGUGGCGCAAAUGGAACGGAUCGCAUCACAGUUUGAACAUGUUCUGCGUCAACUAGCCAUCUUAAGCACAGAAACUGUCGAGUCAAUUAAUGUUGUCAGUCCACAGGACAUUACACAGCUGUGGCAGUGGAAUGCGGCAGUUUCUCAGGUGAGAGAAAGGUGUGUUCAUGAACUUAUUGGCGAUACUGUCAAACGGCAGCCAGAAUCCCCCGCUAUAUGCUCUUGGGACGGCCAGCUUUCAUAUCAGGAGCUGGAUAUGCUUUCAACUUCUUUAGCAUCUCAGCUUGUCGCUCUUGGGGCCGGAGCAGGGACGAUUAUUCCACUAUGCUUUGAAAAGUCCAUGUGGCACUCGGUGGCCGCGUUAGGAGUAAUGAAAGCCGGCGCUGCAUGUGUCGCGAUUGACUCAACUCAGCCUGAAUCGCGACUCCGGUCAGUUAUACAACAAGUGUAUCCGAAGUUCCUUCUCACAUCCUCCAAAAAUUAUGACCUCGCUCGUAGUCUCUCCGAUGCAAAGGUGGUGAUAGUCGACCGCUAUCACCUCCUUGUCUCUCCCGUUGUCCAUAACGAAGCUCCAUUGCCACAGACCCAUCCAUCAGAUACAAUAUACGUUGUUUUCACCAGUGGCUCAACCGGUACACCGAAGGGUGUUGUCACUACCCAUCAAAAUUUUGCAUCUGCAGCAACACACCAGCAAGAAAUUUUGCAUAUCCGGUCCUCUUCACGGGUAUUUGACUUUGUCUCAUACAACUUUGACGUUUCAUGGUCCAACCAUCUACAGACCCUGAUCUGUGGGGGCUGUCUAUGCAUUCCGUCCGAAUCAGAACGAAGGAACGAUAUCCCCGGCGCUUUCAAUCGCAUGAAGUGUGAUUAUGUGUACUUUACCCCUUCUGUUGCUCGCUCUCUGGAUCCAUCAUCAAUGCCAGGAAUUAAAUGCCUUGCCAUGGGAGGAGAGCCUAUCCAAAAGUCCGACGUGGUGCGUUGGCCUCAAGUAGAGGCUAUGAUUGGCAUUUACGGACCGGCUGAAUGUGCCCAAGCUCUGUCGUUUACUCGCCUCGAUAGGGAUUGCCAUAAUAACCAUGUUGGACGGCCAUUUGGUGCAAAUAUGUGGCUGGUUGAGCCAGGAUGUCCCGAUCGCCUCGCCGCUAUCGGGGCAAUUGGUGAACUCAUUAUUGAAGGCCCAACAGUCAGCCAAGGAUAUUUCGCAGACCCAGACAAGACCACAGCAGCAUAUAUCAAAGAUCCCUCUUGGCUCCUGCAAGGCACGUCUGCGCACCCAGGACGGUCGGGGACGUUAUACAAAACUGGUGACCUUCUGCGCUACAACUCCGAUGGGUCGUUCGACUUUAUCGGUCGGAAAGAUGGAAUGAUCAAGUUGAGAGGUCAACGAAUCGAGUUAGCAGAAGUUGAAUACCACGUUCGCGUCUGCCUAGGAGAUGCAAGUGUCUUUGAUGGUGUUGCAGCCGAGAUUAUCAGACCACAGAAUGGCAAUCCUCUAUUAGCUGUCUUCAUUAGCCUAGCUGGUAGGAUCAGAGAAUCAGAGAAGACACCAUCCGCCUUUACCGGGCUCAUGGAAGCCCUGGAGCAGAAGCUUAUCGAUCGUUUGCCUCAAUAUAUGAUACCCGGCGCUUAUAUUCCAGUCGACCAAAUCCCAAUGACGACAACAAACAAAACCGACCGUCGAGCCCUUCGCGAGCUGGGCAAUGCGCAAACUUUGGAGAGGCUAGCUGAACUCCAAUCUCAUAGCCAAAAGCAUCGUGAACCAUCCACCGAGAUGGAGAAAAGACUGCAAAUCCUCUGGUCCUCUGUGCUCGGGGUGGCACCUGCCAGUAUCAGCGCUGACAGCAACUUCUUACGUAUCGGUGGUGAAUCCAUCGCUGCUAUGCGACUCGUUGCAGCUGCACGGCUACAGAGCCUUUCACUCACCGUGGCACAAAUAUUCAAAGCCCCUCGUCUAUGCCAGAUGGCUUUGUUGGUUACGCAGACGACGGAGGAAGAUGAAGCGUCGCAACUCCAGCCGGCAUUCUCGUUUCUGAAAACGGACGACCACAAGACAUUCCUCCAAAAUUAUGUCGAGCCCUUCCUGUAUGAUCAUGCAGGUAUUGUCAAGGAUGUGAUUCCUUGUACCGACUUUCAAAAACGGGCAGUCAUAGACGCGCUGCAGGACCCCCCUGGGAGACUGCCGAUUUGGAUCUUCGGGCUCCCCCACAACGUUGACUUUGUCCGACUGGAAUGGGCGUGUGAAGCACUUGUCAAUCAUUUUGACAUACUCCGUGCAGUAUUUAUUCAAGCAGAUGGUCGGUUCUGGCAAGUUCUUCUAGAUGGGUUCAAGCCUAUCUAUGAUAACUUUGAUGUUGAUGACGAUGUGGAAUCUUUCACUCGUGAACUCUGUGAAGAAGAUCUCAAGAGACCGCGCCAGUUAGGACGGUCCCUCAUGCGCUUUAUGGCUAUCCGACACCAAGCUGGAAAGCAUCGUCUGGUCUUCCGAAUUGCACACGCCCAAUUCGAUGGAUAUACCUGGGGCAUGAUGAUCCAAACUUUGGCAGGCCUAUACCAUCAACAGUCAUUGCCAACACAGUCUACAUUCCGCCAAUUCAUAGCGUUCACAGAGCGCAAGAAAGCACAAAGUCUCCCAUACUGGACCUCAAGACUCCAGAACUACUGCCACCCCAGCUGGAGUCCAGCAAGUGGUAUUGAUGCGGUAUACAGCACUUCCGAUCGAAUGACAGUAACCACAUCCUUCUCAAUGCCCAACAUCCAGCGCCACGAAGGAAUCUCCAGCGCAACCUUCUUUCACGCAGCCUGUGCCAUUGCCCUCUCUCAACAAUUUGGACAAGAAGAUGUUAUCUGUGGUCGCCUAGUAACGGGACGCUCCAUGCUCCCUGGUAGUCUACAAAACGUCGUCGGGCCUACCAUGACUGAAGUGCCAAUCAUCGCUUCCGUCGGUCCCAACGACACGAUCGUGACUAUCGCACAGCGAUUGCAAGCCCAGUUCAUCGAUGACUCCGCUCAUGAGUCUCCAGGAAUGGAGGAAAUUAUUCGAAGCUGCACCGACUGGCCGGCGCAGGUGGUCGACUUUGGUUGGCGAACGGCAUUCCAGCAGGAAGAUGAAAUGGAAUUCAAGUUUUUAGACUCCGAAAGCACGAUUACUGUCCACGAACAUGAUCUGCUGCCUCGAGGGCGCCCAGAGAUAUAUGCCACUCCACGGAACGGAAGGCUACAUCUAGAAUUUGAAGGAAACCGACGGCUUAUUAGUGAGGAUACUGUACGAGAGGUGUUGGCUCGGAUCCAAAGUGUUUUGGGUGAAGUGUAA